ACGCUGUGACGAGGAGAGGCAGGAUCCCAAUAUUUAACACACAGGGCACUGAUACAUCUACACCUGUCACUGACUGCUCUUCAUGAAGAACUAAUGCACUUUAUCUCCCUCUUCACAUACUGCAGAAAUCCACACAUGGGACUGCUGAUCCGACAUCCGUGCGGUUCUUGAGAAGUCAAACGGCGGUUUUCUCGUGCUUUGUCAUUAUUUACCGGGACAUUUUACAGAUGCGCUUUAUCAUGUUGAACUGAAGGUGUAAGGAUGCGACAGUACAUCUGAUAUAAACCAAAAUCAUCCGCGCAACUAUGCCGAAGAGAAAUAUUUCUUGAUACACCUGGAAACACCAGGAUGCAGAAGAUUUUUGCACCUGAUUUUUGAACAUGGAUCUCCCAUCAUAAGGAGGAUUACAGUAGGACACCACAUGCGCCCUUAAAUAUCCUUUAUUAUAGGCUGUAUUAUAUUGUGGCAAGGUAUAAAAAUGAUCCUUUUCCGUAAAUUUCGCGUUUUGAUUUUAAUGGUGUUUCUGGUCGCCUGCACCAUGCACAUCAUGAUAGACCUGUUACCCAAGCUGGAGAAGCGCGCGGCGGGCUCGAGCUCCAGCGCUGGAGGAGGAGGCGGCUGCUCCUGCGCUCACACCCCGGGCGAGGAGCCUCGGUCCUGGGCCAAACAGCGCGCCAGAGCCGCCGCCGCCGAACCGGGCUGGCCUAAUAAACACUCUUUGAGAUUACUGCAGGAUUUCAGCAAUGAACCCAACUCCAAUCUCACUUCGCACUCACGGGAGAAAGUGACAGAGAGAGCCGAGUCUGAAAAGAGAGUGAGACAGCUGCAGUUGGGCUCGGAGAAGAGGGGUUUGAUGAGAGACACCGUGAACGGACAGAAGCAGAGAGCUGUCCAGGGUUCCUCCAGACUGAAGGCGCUCUAUGAGCAUCCGCUCUAUAAGACUGACCUCCCUCAUCUCUCUGAAGAUGACACCUUAUUCAACCUCAACACUGAUAUUAGAUUCUACCCCAAAGCUGCCGGACAACAAGAAUGGCAUAACGAGGGAAACGUGGAGGAGGAGGAGUACAGUCCGGCAGGGGAGGCCAGUGCUGAGUCAUACCCCAACUGGCUCCGCUUCCACAUCGGGAUUAACCGAUAUGAGCUGUACUCCAGACACACCCCUGUCAUAGCGGCCCUCCUGAAGGACCUGGUCUCCCAGAGGAUCACCAGCGUAGCUAUGAAGUCAGGCGGCACUCAGCUGAAGCUCAUCAUGUCAUUCCAGAACUACGGACAAGCCCUGUUCAAACCUAUGAAACAAACCAGAGAACAGGAAACACCCCCAGACUUCUUCUACUUCUCUGACUUUGAACGACACAAUGCAGAGAUUGCUGCAUUUCAUCUGGACAGAAUCCUGGAUUUCCGGAGAGUUCCCCCGGUGGCCGGCAGGCUGGUGAACAUGACACGGGAGAUCCGAGACGUGACCCGUGACAAAAAGCUCUGGCGGACAUUCUUCGUUUCCCCAGCCAACAACAUCUGCUUCUAUGGCGAGUGCUCCUACUACUGCUCUACAGAACAUGCCCUGUGUGGGAAGCCUGACCAGAUCGAGGGCUCCCUGGCUGCAUUUCUUCCUGACUUGGCACUAGCUAAGCGCAAGACCUGGAGGAACCCCUGGCGCCGUUCCUACCACAAACGCAAGAAAGCUGAGUGGGAAGUGGAUCCGGAUUAUUGUGAUGAAGUCAAACAGACUCCUCCCUAUGACCGAGGCACACGACUUCUGGACAUCAUGGACAUGACUAUCUUUGACUUUCUAAUGGGCAACAUGGAUCGUCAUCAUUACGAGACUUUUGAGAAGUUUGGAAAUGAGACUUUCAUUAUUCAUUUGGACAACGGCAGAGGAUUUGGAAAGCAUUCACAUGAUGAAAUGUCCAUCCUAGUCCCUUUGACUCAGUGCUGCAGAGUGAAGAGGUCGACGUACCUGCGGCUACAGCUGUUGGCUAAAGAGGAGUUCCAGCUGAGUUCUCUGAUGGAGGAAUCGCUUCUGCAGGACCAGCUGGCGCCCAUCCUCAUCCAGCCCCACCUGGAGGCCAUGGACCGCCGUUUGCGCCUGGUGCUCAAGGUGCUGGCCGACUGCGUGGAGAAAGAAGGCUUCCCAUCAGUGGUGGAGAACGACCUGGAUGGACAGCCCUCCUCGCACCACCACCAGGCGCUCAGAGGGAGGUAGUGAGGCCUGAACCUCAGUCCCUGUCAGUCAGUCGCCCACCAUGAGCCCCACCGAGGCUUGUGCUCGAGUCACACUCUGAAUUCAGUGAAUUCCAAGACUAGCCACCAAUGCCUCUGAGGAGCCAACCUAUCCUGUGUGUAGAUGCGUGAUUUGGAUGUACAGAGACUAGGAACGAGGAACGCUGGGAUGAAAAAGUGGUUUCUGGAUGGCCGAGGCUUUUGUUUGAGCUGUGCUCGCAGCUGAAGAACAAACUUUUCUGUUGCAUCCUGAUUUGUUUGACAAGUCUGCUUCUAUAAUUUAAUGCAUUUGCAUAUUGCUGAGUGUACAGAAGACUUUACAGAAGGGACCAAAGUUGGAACAGAGACCUAUAUAUUCAAGUACACAACUGUUAUUUACUUUGCUCAUUUAGGUCUUUGACAUAAGGGCACGUAAAUGAGCUUUAAUGACAGUGCUGCAGUGCAGUACUACUGUGCAAGGACACUUAAACACAUCCUCCUCUGUACAUUCACAAUUCAGCAUCAUUUCCUGCCAUCUGAACUAAGCCAUCGUUUUAAAUCUCACAUCGUGCCAUCAAGCCUUCAGUCAUUCGGCACAUUUGUUGUUUCAUUUAGGAAAAUUCAGAGGUGAAGUGCACACUUCAUUUAAGGUUAUUCAGUGGUGAAGCACGUGUUUAAACAUCUCCAUGGAGAAUGAGAGAAUGACGCUGAUUGGUUGUUCAGGUGUCCUGUGCCCACAGUCAGUGUUUCCCACCUCAGGUCCCAUGCUGAAUACACCUGCUCUCUUUUAAUCAAAACCUUAAGGACAAGCUGAUGCUAUGCUAGUGGAAGUUCAUAAUGUUGUUAGUCGUACUUCACGCUGAACCUAUCUCGUGUCUCAUCUGGCAGAGUGAUUUCAGUGGUUGAUUAUAGAGUAGGGCACAGGCUUGAGGGAAUGAAACAAACCAAUUAAACAUGUUGGGAACUGACACUGUGUCCUAACUAGGGCCCUCUUUACACCUGGUAUUAAGAUGCGUCUUGGUGGAUCGGAUCACAAGUAGAUGAGGGAGACACAUUCCCAUUUACACCUGGUGUUUUAAUCUGUCUCCUUUGAGAGGAGGGUCUAUGUAUGGGCUUUUUCUGAUCUUUCAAUCUAAUAUUGUGAAAUAUUAGACAUUUUGGUUUUUCUGGUCCUAAAUCCUACUCCACAUAACUGUGUAUUAUGCUGUGUUCGAUUCACAGUCAAACAUGGGAUAUUCGUACUUGAUAUCUCUGAUCUCUAAUUCUCCCCUUAGUUUUGCAGGCGAUGCAUGGUCUAUGAGGAUUUGUCCUAGAAAUCAAAUUGGGGAGGUUACAUGAUGGUACGCAGUGCAAGCAUUUUCUGUUCUGCGAUUGUAGACAGAGAUGAUCAAUCAUAGUGUUUUACACACCUGUUUGAACUCAUUAAUGCAUUUUAGUAACUUAAAAUUGAAUGUUUAGCAGUAACUCUGUACAUCUCCCUGUGUGCCACCAUGCUUUUGUGAUUAUACACCCAUAUCUAUGUGCACAAAAUCUUCGUAAGUUAGAAGUUGGAAGUGGGGUUCUAUUGUACUUUUCCAAGUAAGACAACACUUUGCGAGUUGAAGGAAAUUCAUAUAUGUUCUGGGGCCGGAUUCACAAUAAUGUUUUUAAGAAAGAAGGAAAUUCUUAACUCUUUCCCUGCCUUCAUUUACUAAAAAAAAGCGUGCCAGCCAGCACAUUUUGAACAAAAAGCUGAGAAAAUUGCAUUUUUGUGAAAGAUUCAGAAUGAUAAUCAAAACAUAGAUGGAGUAGAUUGAGUCCAUCAACACGCCCAAAACUUGCAAGUUUUCUCUUUAGAACAAUCUUAAGAAAAACGAAGAACAUUAUUAUUAAAUAGGCUAUAUAUAUAAAAGCAACACUGGUGGCCAUUAAGUGAACUGCAGCCUUACUUACUUACUGCUCGUCCUCGCACUCGUGCACACAAGGGGCCCUAUCAUACACCCGGCACAAUGCGGCGCCAGGCAUGACACAAGUGUUUUUUGCUAGUUUCAGCCCGACGCAGUUAUCAUUUUCAUGUCCUGCGCCACGUUGUUUAAAUAGCAAAUGCAUUUGUGGCCAUUUAUGCGCCCAUGGGUGUGCCGGUUUGAAAACAAGGUGUGUUCAGGGGCAUUAUCGGUGUAUUGCCAUUUUGAGGCAACUGAAAUAAACUGUGCCAUUGAUCAACUGAAACCUCGUCUAAAGUCAAUGCCGCAAUAUUUGUUUUGUUAUUUAAAGAGCGCAUUAGUAAUCUGCGCCUAUAUGCACCCGCACAACGUGCGUGCUUUUUACACGAACAGGGACAUGCAGCAGGACACAAACAUGCCAAAUAUUAGUAAUGAAAGGAUUAUUAUUGUGUAAAGAUUAUUAUUGUGUGCGUAAAGAUACAAAAGCUUUGGUGGAAUCCGGCUUGUCCCGUAGAUGGUCUGCUCAUGCCUUUAACCUUGCGCACGAGCAGAUCCGUUCCCUUGCUAGAAAAGCGUUCAGUUUUUCUGCUUGUAAAUUCCGCCAUGUAAUAGUGAAUCCACCAUGGCGUGAGUGUAAUUGGCUUUUAAAGGGAAUGGGAGAUGAGACUCUGAUUGGUUUAUUUCACGUUAUGCCAAAAACACACCCAUUACUCAUUAAGAGAAUAGGGACAACCCUCUUGGACAUUGCGAUGGGCGCGCCGGCCAUUUUUCCCGUCCUUAAACUAGCAAAAGUGGAUUCGGACACACCCUAAGUGCACUUGCGCCGUGCGCUUUAGACCAUGCGCUUAGAUUGUUAAAAUAGGGCCCAAAAUGUACAAGAGACUGAACAUGAUUCAAGGCCACGAUAUACUCACGGCGAAGUUAUUUUUCGUUCUUCGAUUAGAAGUAAAAAGUAGUUGGAAAUACCUUUGCAGUGAUAUACUGUUAACGUACGUCCUGACGCCAUCUAUGCUGCUGAGAGCGACGUUUAGAUGAAUAUGUGAAUGCUGCUACUUAAACAGCUGUUAAGAAAACAUCUGAUCAUAACGAUGUGGAUAUGUUUGAACCAGCUCUGCAGUUCACCGGCAUCAUGUCGACAGAUUAAAACUGUUAUGAUAGUUUGAAGUAUAUUUGAGACUAUAGACUAUAUAGAUCUGUCUAUGUGAGACUGUAGUUUGAAUUAAUCACUUUUCUUUGCAUGACACUUUGACAUUACAUUAUAGAUUUGCGCUUUUGGCAUUAUCCUGAACAUCGUAUAAGCAUUCAUUUCACAUGUCAUUGAACAGAAAAGAGGUUCUUGAGAGCGAGAGUAACCGUCACAUCCUUUGGAAUUUCCCAGUGAAACCGUUUUGAGUCCUUCACAUAAAAAUCAGUCUACAGGCUUGCAUAGACAACCUAGGAAGUCUCAUUACAAGCUGGUCACACAUUCGCAAUAAAAAAGUAAUUAAUACAUGAAAAUUCUUACGUAUAGCCCCUUUAAAAAGAGUUUUGAGGGAGUACAAAAUUUUCUUAAUUUUUUUAUUAUUCUUAAGAAUGUGUCUUGAAUCUGGCCCCUGAAUAGCAAAUUACUUGCUGCUGGAAAGUGGUUGGUGUAAUGGUGAUAGAUCAUUUUAUUUUUCAGCAUUAGUCACAUAUACUUAUACUUUUUCAGCAAAGGUUACUAUCACAUUGCUCUGUAUAAAACAUGUUUUCAGCUCACUUAUUUUGUAUUGUGUAAACUACAGCCAAAAGGGCAAUAGAGUGCCUUUAAUCUUUCUAGCAGUGGUAAUUGCCACUUCCAGUCUCAUUCAUUCACUCAUAUUCCUGCCAAAACAUUGUAAAGAAAUUUUAGUUGGUCUCUAAAUGAAACCUUUCUGAAGUAGUCAGUCAUGUGUGUUGUAUGUUAAAAGCUCACAUUGCUAUUUAUUAAGAGAGAGUACAUUUUUGAGGAAAUCUUGUGGGGUUUUAGGUCAGAUUUUGCAUUUGAGAUUAUUUUUGCGCUUUAAAUUAAGUCCCUGUUCCUCGCAGAUAAUAUAAAGAUGAUUUGAUAAUCUGACAGCUCUGUGUAAAGUGACAUUAUGGCUGAAUCUUUUAAGAAGGGCCACAUGUGUUUUGUGUUUAACCCCAGUGCCUGUGCAAUGCUCAAGAAACUUGAAUGUUUUGGGAUUAUUCACAAACUGACCUUUUAGUAGCCCAUGGCCUGGUCUCAAAACAGUUUUUUUUUUUUCUUCGGUGGGAAGUGAGGAAUUAUGGGAUGGUCAAGGCUUCUGUUAGCCAAACAGAAUCAAAAACGUUCCCAAUACUCUCAGUGUUUCUGUAAAUAUCUGUAAAUACGGUACGUUGAUCCAAAAGGCUGUUUUUGGAGCAAAAAUGCUUCAAUUUUCUUUUCAUCUCUUAAGCAUUGUUACUGUGAAGAUCUGUUUGCAAAAUGAUAAAAGUGUGCAAUAAAUGAAGCUAUGUUGUUGAA